GUGCGGCUAUGCGACCUUAAACCCCGCCUUCCUUCUCUCCUCGUCGUUCCGCCGCCGUCCGUUUUGGUCUCUCUCUCUCUCUCUCUCUCUCUCUGCCAUCUCUCUCCAUCCAAAGGGGUUCUCUCCCAUAUUCGACAACCACAGUGUUUCACCGAUUAGGAUGGAGCAGUUCGAACAAGAGGCAGACAAAGCCGUUCUGCGAGAGGAAGAGAAUCCGAAAUCGAACGAUGAAAGGAGAGAGAUUAGGAAAAAGAAAAGGAAGAAGCAGCAGUUACUGGAAGAAACUGCAAAGGCUGACAAGCGCGGGGUUUGUUACUUGAGUCGGAUCCCUCCGCACAUGGAUCCUUUGAAGCUGCGUCAGAUUCUCUCUCAUUACGGAGAGAUUCUGAGAAUCUAUCUCACACCUGAAGAUCCUGCGGCUCAAGUACAUCGUAAACGAGCAGGCGGGUUUCGCGGAAAAGAAUUCUCCGAAGGGUGGGUUGAAUUUUCCAGAAAAAGUGUCGCGAAGAGGGUUGCAAAGAUGUUAAAUGGCGAACAAAUAGGUGGGAAGAAGAGGUCUACAUUCUUUUAUGAUCUUUGGAAUAUCAAGUACUUGAGUAAAUUCAAGUGGGAAGAUCUUACCGGAGAGAUUGCUUACAAGAAUGCUAGCCGUGAGCAGAAACUAGCAUUAGAAAUUUCUGCUGCCAAGAAGGAGCGUGAUUUCUAUCUUUCUAAAGUUGAAAAGUCCCGUGCUUUGACUGCUAUAGAAGAAAGAAUGAAGAAGAAGCAAAAGGUUCAACAAGAGUUGGGAGCAACUGCUGAGCCAUCACAAGAUAAACAGGUUACAAAGGUGAUACGUCAAUUCCCACAAACACGGCCGGUAGAUACUGUUGUGCAAAACAAGCCUAGACUCUCCCAACACAUCCUUGCUGGAGUAUUUGGUAGUGGUUCUUGAAGUACAAUACAUCCUCCGCUUUUUUUCCGACAAACUAGAUCAUCCCGGAUCCUCCGCUUUCACAUGUGAGGAAGUUUCACCCUUUCGUUGGAGGUCAACUGCAAGAGUUCCAAGGCCAUGUACAAAUGCCUUAGAGAGAUUGAUUUCUUUGAUUCCCCCUCUUUUUGGUGCUUGUGUAAGGAUUGGAACCAUAUUUUUACAUUUGAUUAUCGACUGGUAGCCUGUUUUACGGGAUACAAAUACUUAUACAAAAGCCAGCCUUCUGCAAUGAUCCCUAUAUUGACAAUUUGGGUUCCAUGAGGAAAUUGCAUUUAGCGACCACCUUAUUUGUUUAUGUAUGGUUCUCUGUUCGUUC